AUGCGACGGAGCUUCAUCCGACUUCCGCUGACUUCCAUUACUCAGUACUUUGAUCGUGUCACGUCCGCUGCGCCGAUCAUCCCCACUCCUCCAACCAGUCGCCGUUCAUCAACCUCCGGCGCGCCUCCUCAAAUUCGUGGCCUGGAGUUGGAUCGUGCUGUAGCACCGAUCGAUGGCUGUGAUUACAAGCACUGGCUUGUGGUUAUGGAUCCUCCGAUAAGCUACCCGUCCCGACAUCAAAUUGUCGAACAUUAUAUACAAACCCUAGCUUCCGCAUUGGGUAGUGAGGAAGAAGCGAAGAGGUCAAUAUACUCGGUUUCUACAAAGUAUUACUAUGCAUUUGGUUGCAAAAUCGACGACAAUGUGAUUAGUAGUAUCAAAUCUAUGGCCAAUGUUAGAUGGGUUUUCCCUGAUUCUCAUAUCUGUCAUGGCAAAGACGAUUAUGGAGGAGAACCAUUUAUUGAUGGACAUGUUGUUCCUUAUGAUGAAAUGUUUCAUGAGGAUUGGGUAAAAGAUGAAAGCAACAAUGGAUUUAGGAGGAGAUCUAGAAGGAAAGAACAAAAGAUAGAUAAUGACUGAUCUUUUACAUUUUAUGUUUCAAUGUAUAUGACAUAUGUCUACUUAAAUCUAUUUGAAAAGACAGAAAGCCUUUAAUUUUGCAAAAUCGUUUUUCUAACCACAUCACCAAAUCAUGAAUACUUUUUUUUUUUUUUUUUGGUAAUUUAGG